GUCGUGGGUGUUUACCCAUCUUGUAGCCGCAGCUGCCUUUCUGGCUUUCUUGGCCCCUCAAAAUCAUUCAACCAAUCCCACUACCACCCUCACCGUGUACCCAGUUCGUGCGCGAUCAGCUGCUACCCAGCGCUCUGGGAUCGGGAAAAGGAGGCUCUUUUGUGGUUCCUGCGGGCAUAUCUCGCGGAGAUUCGGUCAGAUUUGGAUUUAGGGUUUAGGAGGUGGUGGUGGUGAUCGGUUUGUACCGCCAGGUGAAAUGUCGGCGGCUGUGGCGUGCGCGGAGAAGGCGACCAACGACAUGCUGAUUGGCCCGGACUGGGCGAUCAACAUCGAACUCUGCGACAUCAUCAACAUAGAUCCCGGGUCUGACCAAAUUCUGCCUCCCUAUGUACUUUGUGUAUGAUUUGUUUUUUAUUUGACAUGUGUGGAUCGGUAUUGCCAGUGUUUUAAAGGCGUCGUCUAGGCGUCGCCUAGGGCGUUCAAGCAAUCUGAGCCGCCUUGCUCGCCUACCUUGCCUAGGUGCCGCCUAGGCGUCCAGGCGGUGGCCAAUUUCUUGUCUCGCCAUACCGCUUAAGAACCAUGGGUAUUGCUGCCGAAAUGUGUAAAUAUGUGUCACUAGUUGCUACAGUAUUUAUCCUGGGAGAUCAAACAGUAUUUAUCCUGGAGAUACAUUUUUAUGGCAUUAUUCAACCCACUGAUUUUGUUCGCAGUGAUUUUGUUUUAUUAUCCAAUGCAACAUGUCGAACUUGCAUUGUUUUAGAACAAUCAGCUAAAUUUGGUUAUCCUGCGGUGAUGUGGUACUACUACUGCUUGAUUGUUUAUAUGGUCCUUUGAAUCUGUUCCACUUGCAUUGCGUUUUCAUUACUGGUUGCUGCGAAUGAAUGCGUUUUCCUGUUUUGAUUUCUCUGUACUUCUCUUUGUGCCUGAUUAGGAAUUUUAAAUUUUAGGUUUAUGGUUGUUAGAAUUGAGGGUGAGAUCUUUAUUUAAUGAUGAACAAUUUGGUGUUGGUUAGUUGCAUCAUGGUCUUGUGGUGGGUCACCAAUUUUUUGUGGCAUUUGUUGUUGAGGUGCUGGUUUGGUGUGACAUCACAUAUAAUCAUGAAAUUUGAACAAUGAGGGUUUUUGAAAUUACCCCAAAAAAGGAUUUAUUUUUUUCUCACUUUUAAUCCUGUCUAGAGUGUGCUUAAGCUUCUUUCGUCUUCGUGGGUGCCUUGAAUUACCUACGCUCCAAAGUUGAUUAACAUAUCCCUUUGAGGAGUGUUUUUGUGCAACUUAUGGACUUUUUAUGAAGGGGUCAGACCCAUCGCUGGAGACUCCCACGUGAGUAAGGUUUGAGGAAGGUAUAAACCGAGGCAAGCCUUCCUCCGCAAAUGCGGAGAGGCUGCUUCAAAGCCACGACCUAGUGACUUAGUGCGACACCUCUCGUCAUUGCACUAAAUCUACGCUUCAACUUAUGGACUUCCUAUACUAAUAUUUAGAGAAGCAAAGGAUACACUCAAGCUCCUCAAGAAACGUCUUGGAAGCGAGAAUUCAAAAGUGCAAAUUCUAACACUAUAUGUGCUAGAGACUCUAAGCAAAAAUUGUGGGGAUAUUGUUCAUCAACAGAUAGUUGAGCGUGACAUAUUGAGUGAAAUGAUUAAGAUAGUGAAGAAAAAGCCAGACUUAAACGUCCGAGAGAAGAUAUUGAGUUUGAUUGACACAUGGCAAGUGGUUUUUGGAGGUCCGUCCGGAAAAUAUCGACAAUAUCAUGCAGCUUACGAAGAACUCAGGGCUGCUGGUGUUGAUUUUCCACCUCGUGAGGAAAAUUCACUCCCGUUGUUUACACCACCUCAAACUCAACCAUUAAGACAUUCACAUCUAUAUCCACCUCCUGGUCAAAGCUAUGAAGAUGCUGCCAUACAAGCUUCUCUUCAAUCUGCCCCUCCUGCACCUGCCCUCAGUCUGAGCGAGAUCCAAAGUGCUCGAGGGAUUGUGGAUGUCUUAGAUGAAAUGUUAAAUGCUCUAGACCACCGGCAUCCUGAGGGUGUAAGGGAGGAGGUCAUCGUUGACCUUGUUGGCCAAUGCCGAUCUUAUCAAUCUCGUGUCAUGGAUCUUGUUAACAGUACUGGCGAUGAGAGCCUUUUAUUUCAGGCACUAGGACUAAAUGAUGAGUUACAGCGUGUUGUUCAGCGUCAUGAUGACAUAGCGAAGGGGAUCCUCCCUCCUGGUACCGGAGCACCUGUACCUGCUUCUGCAAAUGUCAACCAAGGGACUACCCCACCUAGGCCCACGGCGGUUUCAUUUUCUCCACUCCUGAAUGUACACGAGGACGAUGAACCGGAAGACGAGUUCGUCGUGCUUUUCCGUAGGCCUGCAAGGGAUGGCACAGUAGCACGGAACAAUCUGCCUUAUGCACGAAGAAAUGAAAGGCCGUACCGAAGCCCACUUCUUCCUCCACCACCAGCAUCUAAGAGGCCUGUUUACACCGAGGCAAGCAGUAUCGACUAUCUUAGUGGCGGCUCCUACAAGUCGUCAGAAAAGGUUCCAGAUGAUUUCAUCAACCCAACUGCUCCAGCUAAUGUAACUACAUCACCCCAUUCGAAGCCAGAAGCAUAUCCGCCACCGAGUUACAGUAGCAGGCCAGACAGUGUGUCCGACGACUUCAUAAACCCAACCGCGCCUAGCUUUUCUGCGCCUUCUCGCCCUACAGACGAGGAGCCAACCCGUUCGCCUGUGAAGCGGCAGGAGAGUAUACCCGACGAUGACUUCAUAAACCCAACUGCUCUUCCUGGUUUUUCGUCGUCUUCAGCUACUAAGGAGUUCAGCGAAGAUCUUCCAAGGGCUCCAUGGGAAGCACAGGCUGCCGCAGCAGGUUCCCUGCCACCGCCUCCGGCGAGGCAUGGUCAGAGACAGCAGUACUUGGAGCAAAACGUGUAUUCUGGUGGGAGCAACGGAGGUGGAUAUGAUGAACUGUUGACACGGACUGAAAACCUCUCCCUGAACCCUGAGAAGAAUGCUUCACGGCCGACAGCAUCCUGCCAGGCUAAACCCGAGGACUCACUCUUCAAGGACCUGGUCGACUUCGCGAAGACCAAGCCUUCGUCUCCGUCGAAAUCGGCCAACAGCCGCAGGACCCGCUAAACGGUUAUCCGUUUCGCAGGUUAGCAGCUUUAGAUUGCAUACCCCAUGAAAUAAGGGCGUUGGAAAAUUAUUUGGUUCCGUUUAGAAGCAGAUGUCAGAAACAAUACUUGGUCAUUGUCCUGGGCGUGUGUGUGGUGUCAGUUAGCUGCUCCUAAAUAUGUGUCAUUGGCUUCCAUUUGUUUGUUUGUUUUUUUCAAUAGCUGAGUAUGUAUAUAUUACCCGAUUCGGCAGCAACAUUCAUAGUUGAGUUUGCAACUUGAGUGUUGCCUAUUUUCAGUGUGGAUAAAUUAGGAGGCUAUGGUCAAACCUUCAUUUUUUUUUGGUACUGGGCGAGCUUUUCUUUUCUUUUUUUUUUUUAAAAAAAAGCUGUGUAGAAUGGUCUAUGCAGACAGAAUUAUGCA